AUGCUGCUCUCGCGAACUUUAAGAAAUCUCAACCCUCUCCAAAGAUGGAUUCGCACUCACGAUGCAGGUCCUCUUGAAGAGCUAGAAAGAGAUUUCUUGCCUUCUGAAGUUCUCUAUAAGCAAUUUUCAGAGAGAGGAUUUGAUUUUUAUGCAGGGGUCCCAGAUUCCUUCUUAAAAGAUUUUACUGGAUAUAUAGCCGAUAAUCAUCCACCUAACAAGCACAUCAUAACAGCAAAUGAAGGUACAGCUGUCUCAGUUGCUGCAGGCUACUAUAUGGCGACACGCAAAUAUCCAAUCGUUUAUUUACAAAAUUCAGGCCUCGGCAAUGUUAUUAACCCCAUCCUCAGCCUUUGUGAUACCAGAGUUUACAAAAUCCCCAUCCUUUUCCUCAUCGGCUGGCGUGGUGAGCCAGGCAAAAAAGAUGAGCCUCAGCAUUUAGUCCAAGGGAAAGUUAUGAGCAACUUAUUGACAGAUUUAAGUAUCAAUUACGACGUUUUGCCAAACUUUGAAGAAGGCUCAGGAGCUUCAAUUGACACUGCUUUGUAUCAUUUGAAAUCAAGAGGGUCUCCUUAUGCUUUUCUUGUCAGACGUAAAAAUUUUGUGGACUAUGAUUCCAAAAGUCAAAUAAAGGUAGACCUCCCUAUGAGUAGAGAAGAUGCAAUUGACAAGCUGACUGAUAAACUUUCUAAGUUCGAUAUAGUAGUUUCUACUAGUGGAUUUGCCUCAAGAGAGCUAUCAGAUAUAAGGCAUCAUAAAAACCAGCACCAAGACCAAGAUUUCUAUUGUGUAGGCUCAUCAGGGCAUACUUCAAGCAUAGCACUAGGUAUCGCAAUUGCAAAACCAUCAAAAAAAGUUUAUUGCUUCGAUGGUGAUGGCUCUUUUCUCAUGCACAUGGGAUCAAUUGCGACAAAUGGCUCAAGACAGCUGCCUAAUUUUAGACACAUCUUGCUAAACAACGGAUGCCAUGAUACUGUAGGAGGCCAGCCCACUAAUGGUUUUGACAUUGAUUUCCCUAGAAUCGCAAAGGCUUGUGGGUACAAAUAUGUAGCGUCUGUAUCAACAAAAGAAGAGCUUGAUAAAAGUUUUAACGAAAUGGAGCAGACAGUAGGGUCUUGUUUCUUAGAAAUCAAGGUUGCAAGGAGGACGAGAAACGACUUAGGCAGGUUUAAAGGAGAUCCAAAAGAUAACAAGGUCAAUUUUAUGAAUUUCUUACUCCCCCCUUUAAAUUGGAACUAAAAAUUUUGUUCCAAUUUAAAGGGGGGUUAAUUUUUUUUUUUUUUUAAAUUUCAAUAUAAAAUUUUUUUAUAUAUAAAAAUUUUUAAAAAAAAAUUCAUUCAAAAAACUUAUCGAGUUAGAUUAAUAAAUUUGUUUAAUAAAAGGCUAUUUACUCUUUAUCCUUUAAAAAAAGCAAGAUAUAACUAAAUUUUCAUUAUUAGUUAUACGCCACUAUUAAUUGGCAUCAAAAUUAUUUGCACAAAAAUUAUUAUUUUUAUUGAUAAAAAAAAAUUUAAAAAAAAAAAAUUUAGAAAAUUUAUCAUCAAAGUGCUAAUUUUGUUUAAAUAAGAUGCUAUUUAUACUCUAUUCUUUAAAAUAAAGCAAGAAAUAACUAAAUUUUGAAAUUUUAUAAAGAAUUCCUAUUGAAUUUAUAUCAAAACUAUUUAAAUAAAAAAAUAUCAUUUUUAUUAAAAACAAUAAAAAAUUUUAAAAAAAAAAUAAUUUUUUUUUAAAAAUUUAGCAAUUAAGGAUAAUAAAUUUAUUUAAAUAAGAUGCUCUUUAUACUUUCUUCUUUAAACAAGAACAAGAUAUAACUAAAUUUUUAAUUUUAGUUAAGAAGAAACAUUUAACUUAUAUCAAAACUUUUUAGAUAAAAAAUUAUAUAUAAUUUUUUAUUAUAAAAUUAAAUUUUGUUCCAAUUUAAAAGGGGGGUUAAUUUACCAAAAAAGUGAAAAUUUUACCUAUAUUUUGUUCCAAUUUAAAGUGGGGGAGUUAGAGCUUUAG